GGUCGAUGAUCGCCAAAAAAGAUCAACAACGCGCUGACACCGAAGAUCAAGAAUUUCUUGCAUCUCACCAUUGGACUACUUCAUCGGCAAAAUCAUCCCGCUCACUCUUAAGGUUUAGGUUGCUUUUUCAGUGUUUCUCAGCCGCCAUUAGGCCUCCACCGAGGGCACAUCACGCCCCCACGCCGUCCACUGAAAGCGAAUCAUGCGCCUGCAAGCAUUUUCUUCAGGCCUGGGCCAGCUUCCCCGCAGUUGGCUUAUCAUGGGUUCAGCUCACGAAACGCAGCAUCGGCGCAUCAACGGAAGCUCGAUGUUUCGUCAAAAUAAGCGGAGGUUAAUGAGGGGGGAGGGGGAACCACGGCCCAACCCUUUGGAGAAGGAACAUUCUCGAGUUGAUGAUUUUCAACCACCAUGACAACACCUCAUGAGGGCAGCUCCUGGCGCUGAACCGUCAGUAUUGCCGAAAGUGCUCUCCAUCAGAUAUGGAUCAGCGGCAGCAGGCGAAACCUGCGGUCCCUACGGGGUCAGGACAGACGACGGGUCUUCCCACCGGAGAGAAACCCAGUGAUUCGGCCCAGUCACCCAAUACUGCCGCGAAGUCCUCGACUACUCCAUGGCCAGCGCUAUCCCUUCCGCAGGGUGGAGGCUCUGCCAAAGGAAUGGGCGAGAAAUUGAAGGUGAACCCCUCUACGGGAACAGUGUCGCUCUCUGUCCCAAUAAACACCACCGACGGUCGUGGAGGGAUGGAUCCGUCACUAUCCUUGUCGUACGAUUCAGGAAGCGGCAAUGGCCUGUUUGGACUAGGGUGGAGUCUGUCGCCAGCAAGCAUCUCGAGGAAAACGGACCGUGGACUGCCACUUUACCGUGAUUUUGAGGAUUCGGACGUCUUCAUCCUCUCUGGCAGUGAAGACUUGGUUCCUGUUCGGAACGAAAGCAAGGAUGAGGCACCGGAUUUGUCAAACUCCCUAGUCGAGGAACAUAAAGACGGAUACACCAUUCGAAGAUACAUGCCGCGCGUCGAAAGCGCAUUUUUACGCAUAGAACGUUGGACUCACAGGGACGGUGCCACCCACUGGCGAACAAUCACUCCGGACAAUGUGACCUCCAUCUUUGGACGCUCUUCAGAUUCUUGGAUCUCUGACCCCGAGCACCCUAAGCAUGUGUUCUCGUGGCUGAUAUCCGAAACGUACGACACAAGAGGAAAUGCAAUCCUCUAUCGCUACAAGCGCGAGAACUCCGACGGUGUAGAUGUGAACGCGACCUAUGAGGUGUCACGACCCAGCCUUCAUAGAACAGCAAACUCGUACAUCAAAGAGAUAAAGUAUGGAAAUCGAACUCCGAAUCGCGAUCUCCAGUCUUGGGAGGCACAUUCUGCUUCAGCACUUGCUGGAAGUGACUGGAUGUUUUCUGUCGUUUUCGACUACGGAGAACAUGACGACCAAAAUCCGUCACCUACAGAGAGCCACGAAUGGGCAUGCCGUCCCGAUGCCUUUUCACACCGACGUGCUGGGUUCGAAACUCGCACGUACCGACUCUGCAAGCGUGUGCUCAUGUUCCACCAUUUCCCCAAAGAGCUGGGCCGCCCAGACUAUCUCGUCGGUGCAACCGAGUUGAGGUAUGAGGAAAGCUUCUCAAUGACAUUUUUGAACAGUGUGCAGUACUUCGGGUAUGUCAUGGAUGCAGAAUCCGGGAAGUACAGAAGGGCGUCUCUCCCUCCUCUCGAGUUCGACUACACGGAGUCACCGAUAACUGGUGGUAUGAGCAGCCUGCGAAGCAUUCCUGUUCCCGUUGAGUCCAUCCGAAAUCUUCCUGAAGGCGUUGAUGGCUCCACGUAUCGGUGGAUCGACCUCAAUGGGGAGGGCCUGCCCGGUGUGCUCACCAGAGAAGCUGAAGGCUGGUACUAUAUGCGAAACCGGAGUGCCAAUAACGAGGGGUCUGCAUCCACACCUUCGAUACACAUGGAGUCAAAUGUCAUACCGAAGUUUGAUGCAGCAGAGCUGAUUCGUCGUUACCCGGCGAUCGGUGGCAACCACGAAGGCGUCUUCUUUAGCGAUGUCCAGGGGGACGGGUUUCUGGAUCUCGUGAAAACGGACGAUGUCUCCUGGAGCUUCAGCAAACGCUGGGCCGCGGUUGGAGACAACCCAGAGUGGUCAUCUUUUCGCUCGUUUAUCUCGUUCCCAAAUAUUAAUAUCGAUGACCCAUACACGAGGUUCAUUGAUCUGACGGGGGACGGCCUAGCUGAUAUCCUCAUCACAGGUGAUCAGGCUUUCACGUGGUACCAGUCCGAAGGCGAGAAGGGAUAUUCUGACAGCCAGCGGGUUGCCCGAGCGAUCAAUGAGACCCAAGGCCCGCAUAUCAUUUUUGCAGACGUCGAACAGUCCGUUUACCUAGCUGAUAUGACUGGCGAUGGCCUGAAUGACAUUGUACGGAUCCGCCAGAGCCAGGUCUGCUAUUGGCCAAACCUUGGCUACGGUCGGUUUGGGCGACAGGUCUGCAUGGGCAAUUCGCCGAGAUUCGAUUGCCGGGAUAAAUUCAAUCAGGAUCAGGUCCGGCUUGCGGAUGUCGACGGGUCGGGCUACACCGACAUCUUAUACCUCCGGCCUGAUGGCAUCGAUCUUUACCGCAACCUUGCUGGAAACCGCUUAGACUCUCCAAUCAAUCUGGUUGCAUCUCUUCCCACCGACCAUCUGGCGACCAUUGACGCGGUGGAUUUGUUAGGAAACGGCACUAUCUGCUUGGUGUGGUCAUCCUCACUACCCGACAGGCGGAGAGGUCCAAUGAAGUAUAUCGAUCUCACCAAGGGCGUCAAGCCACACCUGCUGCAGUCCGUAACAAAUAACCUGGGAGCGGAGACUGAGUUCGAGUACGCCCCUUCCACCAAGUUCUAUCUCGACGAUCUCGAGAAGGGGAACCCUUGGCUCACUCGACUACCAUUUCCUGUUCAGUGCGUGCACAAAAUGAUCACAAUCGAUCGGAUCAGCGGCAACCUCUUUACGACCCACUAUGCAUAUCAUCAUGGGUACUACGACGGCAUUGAUCGGGAAUUUCGAGGCUUCGGAAUGGUUGAGGAGUGGGACACUGACGCGUACUCCAUGCCCCGUGAUGGCGCCUGUGAAGACGAUCAGCUGUGGUCUACCCAUCCCAUCCACACAAAAACUUGGUUUCACUUGGGGUUCUUGCCGGAGUACGAGGACUUUAGCGAACUUGUAGCCUCUGAGUUUUUUGACGUUUCCCGGGUUCCUGGGUGUCGCGCAGCAGGGACGCCAUUCCGCCCCAACAAUCUACUCGAGAGGACUGUUAUGCCCGCCGACUUGACCAAACCACAGGUCCGAGAGGCUUACCGGGCGCUGAAAGGCCAGGUUCUCAGAACCGAAAUAUAUGCCGACGACGAUAGCGAUCAGGCCAACGUACCCUACACGAUCACAGAGACCAAAUACACAGUGUCUACUUUGCAGAAGGAGGGUGACACGCAUGGUCACAGUGUCUGUACUGUGUUUCCUACAGAGGACGUUUCGCUCAAUGCAGAACGGGAACUGGGCGACAAUCGUAUCCAUCACCACUUAGUAUUGGAAAGGGAUCGAUGGGGGAACGUGCUCAAGGAAGUGAAGAUUGCUUACGGGAGGCUCUCUGGCUCCCCGGAUCUGUCUGCGCGAGACCAAGCUAUCCAGCAACAGACACUCAUCACAUAUCAUGAGAAUACCUUCACAAGCGCAAUACUAGAUUGCCAGGAUGACUAUCUGCUACCACGGACCAGUGGAAAUCGCCUAUACGAGCUUCACGGACUGCACCGGCCAUUAGACAGUUUGUUUUCAUUCACGCAUUUCUCCCAGGAGAAACAUUAUUCUCUGUUGAAUGUGCCCUGCGAAUGUCGGACAAACCACCCCUCUCCGUCUCGACGUUUGCUGGCGGAAAGUAUCGUGCUCUACCGCAGCGAUGACUUGACAACGAUACUCCCCAAGGGUCAAAUCGGGGUGCUGGGUUUGGCAGGCGAGGGUUACCAACUGGCAUUAACCCAGGGAAUCCUGGACACUGCCUUUGCCAGGGAUCCAGGCACCGGACAUACCGAGCAUCUACUUCCUUCUCCUUUAUCACAACUCGAAGGCACUGGGCCAAGUUCAGGUGGCUACGUUGAUUUACACAACGAUGGACGAUGGUGGAUACCGACGACUCGGUCAUAUUUCCAUCCGUCUCCCGAUUCCUCUCCAGCUGAAGAACUGGAGCUCGCGAGGCACCACUUCUUCUUCGUGCGCCGCCAAACCGAUCCAUUCGGUCAGCACUCUAUAGCGUACUUCGACCCAUACGACCUCAUCAUCACCAAGGCUGUCGAUGCGGUUGGCACAGUGAUUGAAUCUAGAAUCGAUUACAGACUCCUACGCGCGUAUGAGAUUAUCAAUCCCAACAAAAAUCGUACACAGUGCGCCUUCGACGAACUCGGCUUUGUGGUCGGCACUGCCAUGAAGGGUAAAGAAGGUGAGCUAGUCGGGGAUUCACUUGCGGGCUUCCAGCCGUACCUGAAUCAGGAAGAGCUAGAUAGGUUCUUUGCGGACCCCACUGGCCCGUUUGCUGCGAAGCUGUUGGGAUCUGCAUCCACACGAACGAUCUACGAUCCGAACCGCUACCUCAACGGGUUACAGUAUUCACGCAACGAUCCGGUUUACGAGGCUACGAUCUCACGCGAGGAGCACGCGAACGGCUCGUCAGACCCAGCCACCAAGCGACAGGUCCGGAUCAACUACUACGAUGGGUUCGAUCGCGAUAUUCAGUCCAAGUUCCAGGCCGAGCCUGACCGCAAGAAGAAACUACCUCGCUGGGUAGGAAGUGGAUGGAGUGUGUACAACAACAAGGGAGACCCCAUCAGGAAGUACGAGCCAUUCUUUGCCUCUACCCACGAUUUUGAGCAAAACCACAAGCAAGGUGUCAGCCCGACCAUCUUUUACGAUCCGCUGAGUAGGGUUGUUGCCGUUCUAAACCCGAACCACACAUUCACGAAGUCAAUCUACAAGCCGUGGGAACAUAUCAGCUAUGACGUCAACGACACUGUUCUGCAGCGGCCGGACUGUGACUCUGACGUUGGAAAAUACUAUGAACGAGUUCCUGAAUCGGCGUAUCUUCCGACAUGGUAUGAAAGUCGCAUCGAUGGCUCACUGGGGCGGGAAGAGAAAGCAGCCGCGCAGAAGGCAGCAGCACACGCCUCCACGCCAUGCAUCACCCACAUGGAUCCUUUGGGUAGAUCAUUCGUAACGGUCUCAGAUAAUGGAGUCUUUGGCAAAUAUUCCGCUAGUGUGCUGUUCGAUAUCCAAGGGAACCAGAUCCAGGUCACCGAUGCUCUUGGGCGCACUGUUCUCCGUUCGCACCAUGAUAUGCUGGGCAACCAGCUUCACAACGCGAGUAUCGAUUCCGGCGAGCGGUGGACAUUGAAGGACAUCACUGGCAGACCGAUCCAUAUUUGGGAUAGCAGAGGUGGACAUCUGACCACUGCCUACGACAUUCUACGGCGGCCCAUCAGCUCCACCUUGUGGCCUGGGACUGACAGGGAUAAGCUGGUCGAGAAGAUUGAGUACGGAGAUUCACUGGCGGAUCCUGAGGCACGUAAUUGCCGCGAUCGAAUAGUCCGAGUAUUCGACCAGUCCGGUGUUAACACCAGCGACCAGUACGACUUCAAAGGGAAUCCUCUCAGCAGCUCGCGGCAGCUAGCUGUAAACUACAAGGACACGUUAGACUGGUCUAGUCAUGUUCCACUUGAGGAUGAAGUACACACCAACAGGACCUGGUAUGAUGCGCUUGAUCGUCAGGUUCAAGUGCAGACUCCGGAUGGGUCGCGCGUGCGGUACAGCUACAACGAGGCAGGAUUCCUCGAGACGGUCACAGGGAGACUCUCAGACGAAACAACGGACAGUGCGUUCCUUAAGUCGAUUGACUACAAUGCCAAAGGGCAGCGCGAACAGAUAGUCUACGGUAACUCGACCACAACCAGAUAUUCAUAUGACUCCGCAACGUUCAGUCUGAGGACUGUGGUGACCACUCGAACAAGCGAGAACAAGAUGGAGCGUAGUCGCUCUAGCAAUACUGUGGUACAGCAUCUGGAAUACACCUACGAUGCCAUCGGCAACAUCACGACAAUUCGGGACAAGGCCCAGCAGCGCGUCUUCUUCCGCAACCAGGUUGUUGACCCGAGCGCCGAGUAUACAUAUGACCCCAUCUAUCGUCUGAUUUCUGCCACUGGGAGAGAACAUGUCGGCCAAACGCACCAUCCAGUUCAGAACAGAAAUGCGCAAGACUACUGUACGCGACAUUACCUGCCAGGGGAUGGAAAUGCCAUGCAGCGAUACACUGAGAAGUUUUGCUAUGACAGCGUCGGGAAUUUCCUCGAAGUCAAACAUCAGAGCAGCGACUCGCAUGCUUCAUGGACGAGGAAGUAUCAGUACACUGAGCCAAGUCAGCUGGAUCCCCGCCGAGUCGGAAAUCGCCUAAGCUGUACGACAAUCGGAUCGAUCACUGAACAUUACAGGUACGACGGCGAUGCGGGUAGACACGGAAACAUGACCUCGAUGCCGCAGUUGCAGCUUAUGGAAUGGAACUACAAAGACCAGCUCCAGGCUACUUCACGCCAGCGGUGCAAUGAUGGGUCUCGCGAACUCACGUACUACACAUAUGACGCCAAGGGUGGCCGCGUGAGGAAGGUCACCGAGAACUCUGAUGCAAGGAAGACGAAGGAGCGAAUAUACCUCGGAGAGCUUGAGGUCUUGCGAGAGUAUUCCCUGUCCAGCACGGCGGGUGAUCCAGUCAAGAAAGAGCAACAGACCAUUCAUAUCAUGGACGACACCACCAGAGUUGCGAUCGUCGAGACAACCACCAAAGGCAAAAUACCGAAAGGAGCGCCUCGGAGGCAACACCGAUAUCAAUUCUCAAAUCAUAUCAGCUCGGUCGCCCUAGAGCUAGAUGGAGACGCUCAUCUUCUCUCCUACGAGGAAUUCACCCCCUACGGCCUGAGUUCUUUCGCCGCACACUCUCCACAGCUCGAAACACCCAAGCGGUACCGCUACAACGGCAAGGAGCGAGAUGAGGAAAGCGGGCUGUACUACUACGGUGCCCGCUACUACGCACCAUGGAUAUCCCGUUGGAUCAACGCCGACCCUGGUGGAAUAACCGACGGCCUCAACGUAUUCGUCUACGUACGCUGCAACCCUGUCAUACUGAGCGACCCGAAUGGUGCCGAGUCAAAAUGGCUCAAUCGCGGUAUUGGAGCCCUGCAGUUGAUAGGGGGUGCCCUCGAAGUAACCGCCGGCGCGGCCGGUAUGGCGGCUCCCACGGGCGUUACUCAAGUACUCGGCGCCGUGGCCAUUGUUCACGGAGGCGACACGGUCCUCACGGGGUUGGAGACACUAUGGACUGGUGAGAUACAGAAGACAGCCACGGAGAUGAUCGCGACAGAGGGAGCGAAGGCGAUGGGAGCGAGCGACCAGACUGCCGAACGUAUUGGCGCGGUCACCGAUUUUGUGGCCGGUGUUGGACCGAGCGUUGCCAUCUCCUUGACGAAAAAAGCAACCACGACGGCUCUGAUUGAGGGAACCACUGAGAUAGCCGAGCACAGUGCACCGGAUGUGGUCACCGAGGUUGCGUCUCAUGCGGCUCCAGCGGCUGCGGAAGAGGCGACCACGCACGCGGUGCCAAAGGUGAUGGCAGAAGCCACAACGUCCGAGCUAGCAACACACGCCGCUCCGGAAGCCGUUGAGAAAGCUGUCGUCGAAGCGGCACCCGAAGCCGUAGCAGAGACCGCAGCGCACGCCGCUCCGCAGGUCGCAACAAAAGUCGCAACCGAAACAGCUACAGAGGUCGCCACCAAAACCACGACAAAGGCCGCUGCCAAAAAGGGCGCUACAGGAGCCGCGAAGAAAUCCACCACGGGCGCCGCCAAAAAGACGACGACAAAAGCGAAGUCCUCCGCGAAACCCAAGAAACCAAAACAAACCGCAAAAGCCGCCAAAGCCGCUCGACCAUCAAAGACCGACUGGCACCACGUCUUCGCGAAAGAGGCCGAGCUCGCCGCGUUCUUCAAGCGGAUGGGAAUCAACAUCCACAAGGUCGGCAAGUAUGUCCCCGACAAGGUGCACGAUGUUAUCCAUCAUCCGCUUGCGGGGAAGUGGGAGCGCGGGUGGAAUGAUGAAUGGAAGUAUUGGAUCGCCGAGCAGACGAGAAAUGGGAACUUGGAGAACUUGACGCAGCGCGGAGUAAUGCGGAAGAUGCACCAGAUGAUGGAGCAGUAUGGGAUCUCGCAGUAUAUGUGGUCGGGGAGGGAUUGGUAUAGAGGGGUGAGCACCUUUCUGGACCCGUAGGGUGUAAUUUUUUUUGCCUACCCAGGCUUGGAGUGGGAGUCGUCGGAUCCGUCCGUUGUCUGUGCUCGCGACAAUUGUCAGUCUGUAUUCAACAUACAGACUUUGCUUGAUGAUUUCAUAACUAAACCAAAUCACAACUGUUUGCUUCUUGGAUAGAGUACUCAACUCUUCUUUCUUAUUUGCUGGGACUGUGUACUCCUAGAUUGUGGCAGAUGCUCUGCGAAACUAUAUAUGUAGCAGCCCACAUAGACUCAUUUGAAUUUUCACAUCAUUUACCCGUCAAGAUGAACAAUAAACCUCG